GGGGCGUUGAGAAUAAAGGGGACCCUCAACAUCCGUGAGUUUAUUUAUUAGGCGAAAAUGCGCCUUAAAGUGGCUAAAUGUGACUCAAAGUUGAGCGGUUUGUCCGAACGAGCGCGGGGGCACGUUGUGUUGGAGAGGGGACUAUUUGUCGGAGGGCGGAAGGCUGAGAGAUAUAGCCGGAACUUCUUCGCUGCCUUUGCCUGAGUGUCUGUGUGUGCGAGUGUGAGAGUGUGUAUGUGUAUAUGUGUGUGUGUGUGUGUUGGGUGAAUGGAGGCGCAGCUCUUCCUGGUGGUGAACAAACACUGACAACUACAGGGCAGCCGAGCUACCACUCGCACGGCCACACGCACCUUCUCCUUCAGCCCCAAAACAACGUGAAAAACAUGGCAACUGACAGCAAACACGUCGCGCAGUUGAAGUCUGAACUGUACUUCCUAAUAGCCCGGUUUUUAGAAGCUGGACCUUGUCAGGACGCGGCAGAGACCCUCAUACGGGAGGUUCAGGAGAAGGAGCUGCUACCCAAAAGGAUAGACUGGACUGGAAAGGAGCACCCUGGGAGUUACGAAAAUUUGGUGAAGCUGUAUAGGCACAUUUCUCCAGAUCACUUGUUGCAAGUGUGUGAUCGCGUGGGUCCUCUUUUGGAGAGAGAAGUGCCAGCCAGUGUACCUGGAGUUAACUCUUUACUGGGAGUCGGGCGCCAGUCACUUCUACGCACCAAUAAGAGUUGUAAGCACGUGGUAUGGAAGGGGUCCGCCCUCGCAGCCCUGCACUGUGGCAGGCCACCCGAGCCGCCAGUCAUCUAUGGAAGCCCGCCCAACAUUGUGGAGACAGCUUACAGUCGGAGGCUGAAUGGAUCGUAUCGUUUGGGUCAGCUAGUCCCCACAGCCGUUUACUCACACAUGAAGAUGCACAAGAGGAUUCUGGGACAUCUGUCUUCUGUGUACUGCGUCGCCUUCGACCGGACUGGCCGCCGAAUCUUCACGGGUUCAGAUGACUGUCUCGUGAAGAUUUGGGCCACGGAUGACGGGCGUCUGCUGGCCACCCUGAGGGGUCAUGCUGCAGAAAUCUCAGACAUGGCAGUGAAUUACGAGAACACGCUGCUAGCCGCUGGGAGCUGUGAUAAGAUGAUCAGGGUUUGGUGUCUGCAGACGUGUGCUCCCCUCGCUGUGCUGGAGGGACACGCAGCAUCCAUAACAUCACUACAGUUCUCUCCUCUUUGCAGUGGUAAUAAGAGGUUCCUGUCCUCCACUGGUGCAGAUGGAACCAUCUGCUUCUGGCAGUGGGAUGCUCGCACACUUAAAUUUGGGCUACGACCCAGCAAAUUCACAGAGCGGCCCAGGCCAGGUGUGCAGAUGAUAUGUUCAUCUUUUAGUGCAGGUGGGAUGUUUCUGGCCACAGGCAGCACCGAUCACAUUAUCAGAGUUUAUUACUUUGGUGGAGACCAACCAGAGAAGAUAGCUGAGCUGGAAUCGCACACUGAUAAAGUGGACAGCAUCCAGUUCUCACACGGAGGAGACAGGUUUGUUAGUGGCAGUAGAGACGGCACAGCAAGGGUUUGGCAGCUGCAGCAGCAGGAUUGGAGGAGUAUCCUGCUGGACAUGGCCACCAAACUGCCAGGCAAGUACAACCCUCCACCCCUGGAGGACAAAGUGACCAAACUGAAAGUCACCAUGGUGGCUUGGGAUCGCCAUGACAACACAGUCAUCACUGCGGCCAACAAUCUGACGCUGAAGGUGUGGAACUCCUACACGGGCAGCCUCAUUCACAUCCUCAUGGGUCAUGAGGAUGAGGUGUUUGUGUUGGAGCCCCACCCCUUUGAUCCCAGAGUGCUAUUCUCUGCUGGGCAUGACGGCAAUGCUAUUGUGUGGGAUCUGGCACGAGGAGUCAAAAUCCGCUCCUACUUCAACAUGAUUGAGGGUCAGGGCCACGGUGCAUUGUUUGACUGCAAGUGUUCUCCAGAUGGUCAGCACUUUGCUUGCACGGACUCUCAUGGACACCUGCUCAUUUUUGGUUUUGGCUCCAGCAGCAGAUACGACAAGAUAGCGGACCAGAUGUUCUUCCACACAGAUUACCGGCCGCUGAUCCGCGAUGCUCAUAACUACGUGUUAGAUGAGCAGACUCAGCAGGCUCCUCACCUCAUGCCCCCGCCCUUCCUGGUGGACGUGGACGGAAACCCUCACCCUCCACGCUUCCAGCGGCUAGUACCCGGCCGAGAAAACUGCAGAGAGGAGCAGCUCAUACCACAGAUGGGCCUCACAUCUUCAGGACUCAAUCAGGUGUUGAGUCAGCAGGCGGCGGAAGGUUCUAGUCCCCUGGACAGUAUGAUCCAGAGGUUGCAGCAGGAACAGGACCAGAGACUGGGCUCGGACUCCAGAGUCACCCGAGGAUCUGUAAGCUCCCCUACGGAAGUCUCCUCUCCCCCUAACGUGGGUCUAAGGCGCAGUGGUCAGAUUGAGGGAGUCCGGCAGAUGCACAGUAACGCUCCCCGUAGUGAGAUGGCCACAGAGACGGACUUGGUGGCCUGGAGCAGACGGGUACUUGUGCCUGAACUGUCACCAGGAACAGCCAGUAAACAAGAGAUCUGGAGGGCAGCUAGAGGAGAGGAGGAGAUGAACAUCUACAGAUCAGAGCGGAGGAGACGCAGCAUACACAGCCAGUACCACAGAGAGAACCGGCAGCAUGCAACAGAGAACGCAGUGGAGGAGGGGCGACGUUACCAAGGCAACCAGCACAACUACCACACGCGACUGGCUGUGGAAGAGACGAGCAGACAGAGCGAACCCAACGAGGAGGAGCCUAGCGCCUCAGAGGGCGAGGCAGACGCACGGCCACCCAGCAGAGAGUCAUCAGAUGAGGAGAGAGAGGAAAAGGAACCCUGGCCUGAUGAUCACAGCAGCUCCAGCGAGUACUCCAGUGAUUACUCAGACUGGACGGCGGAUGCAGGCAUAAAUCUAGAACCACCCAAGAAGAACAACGUGAAAAAGAAAAAGAAGAAUGCUAGCAGUUCCGAGGAAGACGGAGACAAGAAGAAAGACAAAGAUGCCAAGAAAGAGAGGAGGAAGGAAAAACAAGACAAAGAUGGAGCACUACCAAAGAAGAAGAAGCCAAAGGAGAAGAGGAAGAGGUUACCUGAGUUCCAGGAGCAGGGUCUGACUCUAGAGGAGUGGCUGCCCUCAGCCUGGAUCACAGAUACUGUACCACGGAGAAGCCCCUUCACCCCUCAGAUGGGCGAUGAGGUAUAUUAUUUUCGGCAAGGCCAUGAGGCGUAUGUGGAGAUGGCCAAAAAAAACAAGAUCUUCAGCAUCAACCCUAAGAAGCAGCCCUGGCACAAGAUGGAGCUGCGGGAGCAGGAACUGCUGAAGAUUGUAGGCAUUAAGUAUGAGGUGGGCUUGCCUACUCUGUGCUGUCUGAAGCUGGCCUUUCUGGACCCAGACACUGGCAAACUGACUGGAGGCUCUUUUUCUAUGAAAUACCAUGACAUGCCAGACGUCAUUGACUUCCUGGUACUCCGUCAGCAGUUUGACAAUGCAAGACAGCGUCAGUGGAUGAUAGGUGAUCGUUUCCGCUCUGUGAUUGAUGAUGCUUGGUGGUUCGGUACGAUCGAGAGCCAAGAGCCAUACCAGGCAGAAUAUCCUGACAGUCUCUUCCAAUGCUACAAUGUCUGUUGGGAUAAUGGAGACACAGAAAAGAUGAGCCCCUGGGACAUGGAGGAGAUCCCCAAUGAAGCUGCGUUUCCUGAUGAACUGGGGCAGAGUGUGCCGUUGACUGAGGAGGAACAGAAGGCUUUGCUGUAUCGUUCUCUGGAAGGAGAGUGGGGUUCACGUACACGUGAUCAAGAAUGUGAACGCAUCAUCAGCGGCAUUGACCAGCUGUCCACAUUAGAUGUUGCGACCCCAUUUGCUGUGCCGGUGGAUCUGCAGGCGUAUCCGACAUACUGCACUGUGGUGGCUUAUGUCACAGACCUGAGUACCAUGCGCAGCAGAUUGGAAAAUCGCUUUUACAGACGAAUGUCCUCUCUGAUGUGGGAGGUUCGCUACAUUGAGCACAACGCGCAGACCUUUAACGAGCCUGGAGCUUUUAUCGUCAAAACUGCCAAAUUCGUGUCCGACCUGCUGCUGCAGUUUAUUAAGGACCAAAGUUGCACUGAUAUUAUUCCACUGUAUAACAGUAUGAAAAAGACAGCUUUCUCAGACUCAAGUGAUGAUGAAGAGGAGGACGAGGAGCCCGAAACGCCUGGUACCUCUAAACGCAAUAAGAAGGGUAAGCAGCAGCCUAUUCUGAGAAAUCUGAGGAAUAAGCCAGCAUCUGGAGACCCCCAGGCCUGGAGGGGGCGCUGCAGAGAACUGCUAGAGCUCAUUUUCCAGUGUGAGGACUCUGAGCCUUUCCGACAACCUGUGGAUCUGGAAGAAUACCCGGAUUAUCUGGAUAUCGUGGACACCCCUAUGGACUUCGGUACAGUCCUGAGCACUCUUCUUGCAGGAGAGUAUGAAUCUCCUAUGGACUUAUGCAAAGAUGUGCGACUCAUCUUUAGUAAUUCCAAAGCCUACACACCCAGCAAGAAGUCCAGGAUCUACAGUAUGAGUCUUCGGCUGUCUGCCCUGUUUGAAGAGCACGUCAGCUCAAUUUUAGCCGAUUUCAAAUCAGCUCAGAGUCUACAGAAGGAGCGACUAACUCGACAGCGCCUGCACACAGAACGACCGACCAGACAAACCAUGAAGAGGAGGAGAAGAAGCUCCUCCCCAUCCAGCUCUGCCUCCAGCCCUGAGAGGAAGAGGCGUGUCUCUUCUCGUGCUCCUCCCCGAUCUGAAGCAGCAGCUCCUCCCACCCCAGCUGGACCCUCCCGGCCUCCCUUCUUAAGACAGACACUUCCGCAUAUCAAUGGCAAGGCGGAGCCUGCUGUAGCCGCAGGACGCACUCGUAGCUCCGCCCGUUCUGGAACUCAUUCCACAGACCCGCCUCCCUCACAGUCAUCUCCACCUCCUGUCCCCACCCACAGUAAAGGAGCUGAACAUUCCUCCAAAAACCUCAGAGCUCAGAAUUCUCACUCCACGCCAAGCAUCUCCCGGGAAACAGAGAGCUCUGCCGUCGCUCAUAGUAACGGGGGAGGGGGUGGGGGCGGGGGCAGAGAGUCCAGGAGGAAACUUCGUACCCCAGUUAAGCACACACCAGGUCCAGUGGAUCACACUCCUCCACCGCUGAACAGUGUUCAUCUGAACGGCCAUAGUAGCCAAGUGACUUUGGGUGUAGUGAAAAGGGGACGGGGCAGACCCAGACUAGAGCCUCAAGUAAGGACAGCAGAGGUGGCUGAGCCACCCACUUCGCCCCGCCCUUCCGGAAAGAAGCGAGGCAGGAAAAGUAAAAAAGAACUAGAGGCUCUUCAGAUAAACUCCGCCCAUGAAGAUGAGUCCACAGGCGAUGAGGGCAGGGCCUCAUCCGCAACACAGGACGCUAGCUUAUCAGACUCGGGGGCGGGGCUUGCUGAGCAACCGAGAAAGCGGGGCAGACCACGAAUAGUCAGGACAACAGAGCAGGCUCCGCCUACUCAAGCCCCCUCAGAGCCCAAAAGUGUGAGGAGGAGCAGUCGCCGUGGCAACGAGGCUGCCACGCCUUCUGCCCCUGGUUCAGCUCUAAGGGAGGCAGAUACAGAGUUGGACGGGGUGGAGUCUGGAGGGGAUGGAAACUCCAAGGGGCAAAUGAGAACGCGCAACCAGGGCCGUAGGACAGCGUUCUACAACGAGGAAGACUCUGAGGAAGAGCAGAGACAGCUUCUGUUUGAGGACACCUCCAUCACUUUCGGCACGUCCAGCAAAGGCAGAGUUCGCAAACUCACAGAGAAGGCCAAAGCCAACCUCAUUGGCUGGUAAUGCUGCCAGUCUGCUGGUCCUUCAUGACAUCAUCCCACACUGAAAAAAGCAGUGCUUUGGAAUUACCUGAUUUAAAUGUGUACAUCAGUUUCACUUGAAUAUUACAUCAACACAAUUAUUGACAAAGGAAGAAAGACAAAGUUGUGUUGAUUGAGAGUGUGACAGUUUAAUACCGUAUCAAACAAUCAAAAAUUUUGAACUAUCACUAUCAUCAAAUUUAAGCCUCUCAGCCUCUACUGAGGGUGUUUCAUUUCCAUCUUUGGUGGGAUUCAUAUUGUGUUUUUUCUGAAGGCGUAAAAAACGCGAUGUGCACUGUGUGGUCCUCUGGCUGUGUUUCUCUGUUGCUAAGCAACAAUAGCAUUGUAAACAUCAAUCAGCUGUGCUAGCUGGCUGUCGUUUCGAUAUGUGUAGGCAGAAAGCUCUGUCUGUCACUCACCCUUUUAGUGAGUGAUCUACUAUAAACUAGCAAGUGUGGUGCUUCUAGUAAAAACAAGCUGAAAAGCUUCUUUUUGUUUGUGCCAUGCUCAUUUUGCGCAGUUAAAUUAUGCAGUAUAGGGUACUCAGAGACUGCAACUGUCACUGAAGGCCUAACUUCCUUUUCAUUGGUCAGCACAGAAAAAAUGCUAGUGACAUACACUGAUUGACCACCUCUAGCUGGAGCAUUCCACACAAAAGACAGCUGCACAAGUGCACUAAAACAGCGAGGAAAGCACGUCCUUCCCAUUAAAAAUAAAUGCCUAGAACUGCGAGAAAUAUGCAGUGUGAACCCUACCCUUCAAUAACCACUGUCAGUGAUCAGAACUAGACCCUCCGCAUCCCAUUGGCAGAGGUUUUUUUACACGUAUCAGAAGAUAGCAAAUCUUGACCUCACAAUCAAAAAUAUCUUUGGACCUGAAAACAUUGUUAGAUUGUUACACUCCUAGUGUUGAUGUAUUUUGUUCGUGUGCAACCAGUGUGUUAUUCUGAAUCAGGUAAAUUUAAAACGCUCCUUUUUUCAGUGCAUAUCUCUGCCCCGCUGCUGCCCCUUGAUGCACUGGGGCAACACACACCAUUCCUGCUGCUAUCUGACUGUCUGAGUUUAUCUGAAUCGUUGAUUCUGACUCUGACUUGAUUAUGACUCUGAAUCUUUUGACUCUCCUCAGCGGCUCUGUACUGAAGGGCUUCUGUCCUCAAACGGUCGCUCGGCCCCUGAAAGCCCCAGACACGCUUCCCCUUCAGUUAAAACGCACACACAGUGAAACAUGCAUUUACCAAUGUUUUCAUUUACUCUGCACUGCUUGAUUGAAAACCAGUGAGUCAAGGUACUUCAGUCUGACAGACAUCGCAGUUUCUUUUCUUGCAUCACACAUGCAUCAUGUUUUUACCACACUUGUAGUUGCUAAUGGCAACACGUCAAACUGUUCUUCAGUUUUUAACAGAGUGUUCUCCAAGUGUGCGCGUGAGUGCGUGAGAGUGUGUGUAUGUGGAGUUUCAGAGUGGGAUAUUUUGGUGGUUAUGCAAUGAUGGACCUUCUAAACUGUUCCUGUUGUCUUUAAACGUCUAUCUAAAGUACUACUGGGAUGAGAUUAGUUUUACAUGAGGAGGUGGGUAAUGUCACUGUUGCCUGUGGUUCUCAGUGAUUUUAGUCCCAUCCAAAUCUGUCAUGUCAGUAAUUUUUAUGGACCUUAUCAGUAAAGAUACCCCUGCUUUUUACCUGCUUUAAAAGAAGCUGAAAAAAUGACCUCAGAUUAUAUUAAUCUUGUGCAAAUGGCUACGUGGAAAACUCAAAAAAGCAUUUUCCUCUGUACUCUUGGCCCAGAUGAAGCAGAUAUGUGUUCUUCUACCUCACAUUUACAAUUUGAAAUAUUAAAACAUGUAAAAUGACUGAAAAAAGUUUGAUUUUAUAAUGAUGUUGGCUGUAAAUUCCCACUCUAAUGACAAUGCUAAUGACGUUCACUCAGUAGAAACAAGGUACACAAAAUUGCAGUUGAAUUAAAGGGCCAAUAUCUUGGAAAAUUGAAUUUUCCUCACUUUUUUAAAUGAAAGAGUGAGAUGUAGUACGUGAACAUUCUUAAGUGGCCCAUAUAAUGGAAAAAUACAUUUUCCUCACUUUUUAAAUAAAGCAGUAUAAAGGAAUACGUAAACAUUGUUAAAGUUUCAAAAUAUAAAAUUCACUCCACAGUCCAUAUAUGGAGCUCGCUUUGAAAUAAUUGCUUCUGUGAUGUCAUGAGAACCAACUCAUUUACUUAUAUCCACCCAUUCAGCCUACAGCAAUUUAGCCCCGACCAUUCACACUGAAGUUGUAAGCAGUGUUUCACCUCCACCUGCUCUUUCAAUGAGGCACAAGAAAGACAAUGAGAACAGAGGUCAUUUACAUACGGGCACAGUAACAAAAACAGCCUGGUUAAUUCUAAGGGAUAAAUAGAGUUUGUAAAAAAGGUCAUGUAGAAAUUAAUUCUGAAGUGGACACGAGGGAAAAAAAUACAAGAAAAAUGUGGCAUAUGGGCCCUUUAAAACGUACCCAGUCCGUACAGUCCACACACCAAAACUAAGCUCCUACAAUGGCUUAUUUGAAUGCAUUGUUUCUAUGUCACAAAAAUUGGUGCAUUUUUGUGUGUCUGCUUUUUAGCCCCGUCCAUUCACAGUAAAGGUGUAAGGAGUGUUUAAAGCUAUACUGCCAAUCAGAACUGAGCUUAUUUACUUACAUAUGUCUUAAAGGCACAGUAAUAAUUUCAGCCUGUUGAAUUCUAAAGAAUAAAGGUUGAGAAAAUGGUCCUGUAAAAAUGUAUUAUGUUUUGUUUAAAAACCACACAACUGUCAAAAACGGACCCCUUGAAGAUAUGGGCUCUUUAAAUGUUUUGACAAGUUUUCUAUUACAUUUCUAAUUGUCGAACGUAUAUGAAACUUAGAGAGGUAGGUAGCCCCUCCCAUCUCUCAUCUCCUAUCUAUCCUAUUUUUACCUAAAUUUCUGUGUGAAUCAGUCAUAAACAUUACAGACAUACUGUGGUAAAAUUACAUCAACCCACCUCCUCAGAAAAAACGAAUCCCAUCUGAAUAGCACUUAAGUGAAAGGAAGAAAUAAUGUCUGGUUUUGGCAAGUUUUUAUAUGACUAGCAAUACCUUGUGCCUUUUGAUCAUUUAAAUACAAUGUUCAUUCUUUCUACUCCACACUGUGUAGUAUUUUGUGUCGGAUGGUUGAUUGUUAUUGAUUUAUCUAGAGCAAAUUGUUUCAUUGAACUGGUGUAAUAGGCCAAUGUCUCUGACCGCUGUUUAUGCGUGUGUGUGUGUGUGUGUGUGUGGUAGAGAGAUGACCUCAUGCUGUGAGUGGUCUGUAAGGCAUGUAAUUGAAGUGACAUUAGGCAUGGACACUUUUAUUGCCCCGAAUUCUCAGCGUGGCACUGCAAACGGAUUAACCUGCCACACGCACACAUACUCAACUGUUCAUUGAUGAGAGCUCUAUUCAUGUUCACAGCACUUCUGUACUGUACUACGGGGUUCAUCUAGUAUUUGAGCGUACCUCCACCGAGCAGGGGUUGAGUGGGGAUUCUUCCCUAUGCAUUGUGAUGGAAUGCACGAGUUUUUUUUUUUUUCCCUGGAAGCGCACAUUCCUUUCAUGCUAGCAAAAACGCUCAGUCGGAAACACUGUGCGGCUGUCUUGAUGUGUUGAGGAGCGUUGGAGUGUUUCUUUCUGAUGCAUUGGCCGGUCAAGCUGAUCUCGCAGAGGGGAGAGAAAGAGAUUCAGUCUCUGUGGUUUUGCCUGUGCCUUGGAACACUGUGUGUUUGUGUAUAUAUAUAUAUGUUUGUGUGUGUGUGUGUGUGUGUGUGUGUGUGAGAGAGAGAGAGAGAGAGAGAGAGAGAGAGAGAAAGAAAGAUUUAGGGGGGCAUUCAGUGGGAAAGACAGAUAUAUAGAUUUAAAACUGGUACUACAUGCUAAAUGCUUGAUGGAUUCAGUCUCCUUUAGGUUUUAUUAUUUUUGUUUUGUUUUUUUUUUUGUUUGUUUGUUUUUUUGCUUGAUUUAGUUGAUGCUUUACAUGCGUGUGCACUUAUUUUCAGCCGAAACAUUUUUUUUGCCAGAAAGUUUUUUUUUUUGAUCCUGCUCAUUGACAGCAGUUGUGGUCUGGUCAGGUCCGGCACUGUAAAUAGUGAUGCAUUGAGCAGACAUCAUUCAAAUGUGUUGAUCAUUUCUACAUGAAUAAAAUAUAUUACAUCAACACAUUUAUUGCCAAAAGUAUGUAAAACUAAAAGACAAAAUUGUGUGGAUGUAAUUUAUUUUAUUCAUGUGGAAACAUUUGAAAAUUUACAAGAUAUACACAAUAGUUUUUGGUGAUAAAAAUUAGGCAGCAUUGUGAAUAGCAUGGUCAUCUUAAUGCCUCAUUCUAUGCAUAUUUUAUCCAUGUAGUUGAGUUUCUUGAAGACCAGGCAGUGCUGCAGCCUCGCCUUGUCUCGGAGUAUGAGCAUUUAAAUUCUCAAGUUAUAAUGUAAAAGGCAAUGCGGCUGUAUAGGGUAGUGGAUAACACCCCUGCCCUGAGCACAGGAGUGCAGUGUUCAUUUCCCCGUUCGGGCAGGACUACAGGCAAGACUGCUAUUCUCUAACCUGCUGUGGACAAGAGUAUUAGUUAUAAAUGCAGAGCUACAGGAAGGGUGAGGAAGUUUAGUCACCUUCUCAAACAACAUCCCCUGCAAUACAAAACAUAUGACUGUGUACCAGUGGCUCUAGUGUUUAGUUCACUUAGAGAGCUUUUACAUUUUGUUCACCCUGAGACCUGACUGUGUGCCCAGAAGUGGUCCAGAGAAUGAGGGCUUGAGUUUUGCGAAAAACGCAUCUCUUGUGUCAUCCUACGUUUGCAGAUUGCUGGACGAGGACAUGGCACACAUCCAGGAACUGCUGUUGAUCGCUGUUUGAGUGUUGGUAGCCUUUCAAAGGAACAAUAUAAAUUCAUGAGCCUGUUGCCAAAAGCAAGUUCUUUUUUGUCAGAAACAGUGAAGGGAUCAACCUAUUAUUCACCAUUUAGUAGAAACCAUGUGCACAAGGGUGACAUAUGGAAUUGUGCAAUCGAUGCACGGUUCAGAAUCCGUGGUCUCCCAUGUGGAAACUGACCUGCAAUAAUGAGUCCUUCCCCCAAACGAGUCCUGGAUGUGGAACUAUUCAAUAUAAACACCCUUAUUGACAAAGAGAGAACAGUUUUUAACUGUGUUCAUUCUUAUUUUACUUAACACUUUGAAUAUGCUUGGCAACAGUUUAUUUACUUUUAACUCACAUUGCAUUUAAGGCUGUUCAGCCGCAAUUAUCUCUCUUCUGACUAAAAAUAUCACAUUUGCGCGCAAAUGCAUUGGCAUCAAGAUAUAUAUCGCAUCACCAAAAGGCUGGAAAAUAUCGAGACGCAUGUUUUGAACCAUUUUGCCCAGUCCUAUGUGGAAAUGUUGUACUUAUUUGAAUAAAGUAAAUUCAAUGCAUCACUUUUUUUCAGUGCGCCGUGGCAGUACCGAUUUAGCCCAUAGCUUUAAAACUGGUUUGGUGAACCAAAGCCCCGUAUGGCUGUAUGUGUGUCUGUGCGGAUGAGCAUUUGUAGCGAAUGGCUGUAUGAUGUGUGUGGGUCUGUGCAUGCGUGUUGUUUAUACUAUGAGUGAAUGUAUGUGUGAGUAUGUCAUGGAGAUGGUUUUAUAAUCACAUGUUGCAAAAAAAGCUUAUUACGUCUGACCGUUGACCCUUCCCCAUUCACCGUACUGCUACCUGCACAGAAAGUGCCAUCCCACGGACACUGAGAGCAAAAGCGGGCUGCAUGUGCACUCGGCCCUCUGUCCCAGGCGUCCUGAGGGGCUCACAUGUUUAGGGGGUUGGGUUUUCUCUCACUGGUCCAAUAUGCCUGGACCGAGAGGACUUUCUAUGUUAGUUUGUAUACUUUUAUAUAAAGACUUAAGAGUAAAUGCAAAAAAAAGAAACAUUAAGAUAGAAUGUACGUGUAGGGAGUACUGUUGUCUUUAGUUAGUUCAUACUGAUAUUUUAUUGAAAUAAACAGUUGUGUUUCCACA